AGUUCAGAAGGAGGCCCAAGAGAGAUGCAAGAAAGGCAACAUAAGAACACAGGAGUUCAAAUUGAAGUUUCUUUAGAUGAUAUCCUUAAAUAUUCCAAAAAGAGCCGUAUCGAUGCUGCAAAGAAACUCCAAGUUAGCGUAUCGACAUUGAAGCGUGUAUGUAGGGGUUAUGGUAUCGAUCGGUGGCCACCUCGCAACAUAGAAAAGUUCCGUUCCUUUCAGCCCUCACCUAUUGAGAACGAGGGACAAACCCGACAACGUCUAAAUUCUGAUUUGCCUUUGAAUCAAGCCUCAAACAGUGUUGCUCACACAAAUCCAGCAUUCCAAGAUGCGGAUAUAGUGACAAUUAAGGCGAAAUAUGAAAAUAACACGAUAAAGUUCCGGUUGUCUUUACCAUCUAGAUUAGUAGCACUUCAGCAAGAAGUGGCUAAUAGACUGAACCUGGAAGCUGGAACUUACUACGUCAGGUAUAAAGAUGACGAAAAUGACUUGAUUUUAAUAGCUUGCGACCAGGACUUGCAAGAUUGUAUACACUUUUAAAUCAUUGGGCAACACUUCGGUAGUGGUGCAGCUUGAGCUCAAAUAGUCUAGUAUCCAUCGACCUUCUUGUAGUUUUUGACUUCAUUUGUUUGGAUUCCUGUGGAUUUCAAGUGCUUUUUUUAAUGGUAAUUCUGCUGCCCCAGUGAAAAGAUCAGCCCUUGGUGCUCUGUUUUGUUUGUUCAAGUCUGUAGUAGGAUAUGCGAGGAAUUUUGACUUCCUUACAACGCUUUCAUUCCUGUGUUAUUGGGCUGCAUCUUCUCUUGGAUUAUUUUUUUUGGAAAAAGGUUUGCAUCCUAUCUCACUUGAUCAGAAUUCAUAAAGAAAAUGGUGUUGAUGUGAUUGCUGCACCCAAAAUCAGUUCUUAUCCCCUUUUGUUUUGUUUUGUUUCGUCCCCCAUUUUGUUAUUCAAAUAACCAGUAUGCAGUGAGGAUUUUCUAAUUUUUCUGGCUGCCACACACCCAUUCUUGCUUGUGUUGUAAAUCGCCUCGUCUUAACUUAAUUAAAAUAGGUGAACAUAAAUCUGUCACGAGGGGUUUGGUCUUAUUUGAAAGAAGAGAAACAAUGGUGCAAAGAGAAUCAAGAAAAACGCAACAAGGACUU